AUGUUCUCCCUUGAAGGCCACACUGCACUCAUCACAGGCGGCACUCGUGGCAUUGGCAAGGCCGUCGCCAUUGGUCUCGCCGAAGCCGGAGCCGACAUCCUCCUCGUGCAGAGAGAUGAGUCCUCCACCGACACCCUCAAUGCCGUCCAGGCCCUAGGUCGCACCGCUCGCAUCUACACAGCAGACCUGAGCUCGGCCGACGACGUCGCGAAGCUGGUGCCGCGGAUCCUUGCCGACGGCCACCAGAUCCGCAUCCUCGUCAACUGCGCCGGCAUCCAGCGCCGACACCCCUGCGAGAAGUUUCCCGACUCCGACUUCAACCAGGUCCUCCAAGUCAACCUCAACAGCGUCUUCACCCUUUGCCGCGACAUCGGCGCGCACAUGCUGGAGCUAGACCCCUCGGCCGUGACCGGGCGCAGGGGAUCCAUCAUCAACUUCGCCUCCCUCCUGACCUUCCAGGGCGGCCUGACCGUGCCCGCCUACGCGGCCUCCAAGGGCGCCGUCGGGCAGCUCACUAAGAGCUUUGCCAACGAGUGGACCGCCCGGGGCAUCACCGUCAACGCCAUCGCCCCCGGCUACAUCGAGACUGACAUGAACACGGCACUGCUGAACGACCCGGAGAGGUUGGCCAGUAUCAGCGCGAGGAUACCGGCUGGGAGGUGGGGGAGCCCCGAGGACUUUAAGGGCACCGCCGUCUACCUUGCAAGCAAAGCCAGCGCAUACGUGAGCGGCCACGUACUUGUGGUGGAUGGUGGGUGGAUGGGACGGUGA